AUGAAAUCAUUUAUUUUAUUACAAUUGAUGAUGCAAUUCUUUUUGGCCAAUAUUUAUGGUCAAAAAGAUCCCAAUUGCGAUAGCGUAAACGAUCCAUGUGUAUUGGCAAAUUCAAUAUUACAUCCAUGUAAAGGGCAACUUGUGACAAUACCUCCUGAAGCAUUGAGUGGUGCUGCUCAAUUUCAAUAUAAGUUUAGCAAGAAUGAACCUGAUUUAAAUACUUUAUAUUAUUGCUCUUGUAGUGUUAAAUUCUAUAAUUUAGUAGUCAACUGCACUACAUGUUUCCAAGGUCCUGGAACCAGUAUUACCGUGGAACCUUUUCAGGAUUUUGCGAACGCUUGUGCCGAUGCAGGGUUUGCCAUUGAAUUGCAACAACCAAAAGCGCCAAAACCAAGGAAAGUUGACAAGUAUUGUGGGACUGUAAAGGAUCCAUGUAAAUUGGUAAACUCCACGUUAAGUCCAUGUGGUGGAUACUUUCCUUCACCAACUCCUGAAGAAUUGAAUGGUGGAAUUUCGUCUAUAUAUAAACUUGCUUCUAGUGAUAUUAGUAUAUUCCCUUGUGCUUGCAACGCCGAACUCUACUCGUUAUUUUAUAGAUGCACAACGUGUUUCAUGAAACCGGGAAAUGAUAUUACCAUGGAACCUCUUGAUGAUUAUAAAGCGACUUGUAUUGAAGCAGGCCUUAAUUUUGAAGUAUUUUCUGACGACCCGCAACCACUACCAACAUCUACGUCUUCAACAUCUACAACAACUACAUCAACUUCAACAACAAAACCACCCUCCCCAACACCUACCCCACCCAUUGUAAAAGAUCCAUCUUGUAAUACUGAUAAUGAUCCUUGUUCGGCAAUAAAUAAUCUAUUGAAGCCUUGUAACGGAAUUUUAUACCCACCAUCUAAAGUAACAAAUGGAACCUAUAAACCUGACGGCAAUUAUUUAAAAAUAUUUUUAGAUCCAAAUUUAUUGCCUUGUAUGUGUACUGCUAGAUUUUACAACGAGUUAGUAAAAUGUAUGACAUGUUUCGUUCCAGAGUAUAAUAUUACUGUCGUGCCAGUGCUCGAAUAUGGACAAAUUUGCAAGACAUCGUCGAACGAUGGGUCAUCUCUAACUCAAUUAAAAGAUUCGUCUCUCUUGCUUAAUUUAUGUAUAACGUUUAUGGUUAAUUUUGUAUAA